AGUACCGUAGCGUCUAUCAGAUUUUAUACUUAUCUCGGUUCUUUGCGCAGGUAUAUAAACAGCACGUAUGAGAAACUCCCUUUCCUAACAUUCACAACUUCUUAUCACAAGAUCCAAUAUCAUUUAUCGUCUACACAUCCAACUUCAUCCAACUUCAUCCUUAGACAUAUAACCAAAAACCUCGUCACAUUCACCGCACCCAUUCUUUUUUCUUCUUCCCUCUCCACACCUACCACCUGACAGCAUUUUUUUAUUUUUUAUUUCAAUACAUCACGUCACCCGUUAAUAUCGCCGACUACUUAGCAAAUAUAUCGACUUAGGUGUGUAGAUAUUUUGCAUUAAGGGUCAUCUUCGCGUCCUUUGAUAGACAUCUACAUUAACGGCGUCUGUGUCGUCUUGCGCCUUCUUCACCCAACAUCCUCCUCUACACGGUAACAUCAGUUCAUUAUCACAAUGGCCACUUUAACGUCGCUACCGACUGAGUUACUUCAUACGAUCGCCAGGGCUUCCACCGGAGAAGUACAGGAAUGUCGCCGAGUAUAUCUGAACGGACCAGCAGUAUUAAGAGAAGUUCGCAUCCUUGGACAGCAAGAUCUCAUGAACUUGACGUAUGUCAAUCGCCGACUCAACCUGGUCAUCAAUCUAGUUCUCUACCAGUAUAACAGGGACUACGGCGACUUCUACGCCAUUAAACACGCCGUUGUUCGCGAGAAUAUCGAGACCUUGGAACUCAUUCGCGCCAUGCAGUUCAAUAUACACUACCAUGGAUUGAGUAAAACGUCCUGCCACACGUUACACGUAGCCUGUGACUAUGGUAGUCUAAGAAUGGCUGAGUGGUUACUUCGUAACGGUGCUGCCUAUGAACAAUUGGAGACACGAGAAGCAUUUCCCCAGCCCAUGGCGCCAGAGGAAUUGUCUUGCCUGAGGUAUGCAAUGCACAAUCGAAACGAGAAAAUGGCAGUGCUACUACUUUCCCAUGGUGCGACACCUUACUUCAUAUUGGAAGACCACUACAUUGCGGGCGGCAAGUUAUCCACCGGCCAGUUUGAGACGGCACUUCACCAUGCCGCUAGAGCAAAGUUACCAGAAGUGGCGAAGUAUCUCGUGCAAGAAGCGGGAUUGCCAGUCGACGUAAUGAACUCCCACGAGGAAACACCUUUGUAUGAGUAUUUUCGACAUGAAUUUAAUUUACCAUACAUCGAGUACGAUAAACAUCGCGGCCCUGACAUCCGUUGCACCAAGGAGGACGUAACCAUGUUACAAUUAUUCAUUCGACUUGGAGCAGACGUUAAUUUCGAGCGACGCAACGAACCCCUCCUGCUUACGCACGCCCUGCGUAUGAGUUACUACGACCACGCCAACGUUUUGCUGGAUGCUGGUGCGAAAGUCAAGCAUGAUGUGCGAAGGGGACAAGGUAUCCCCGAACCUAUCCAAGCUUGCAUAAGGCACGAACCAGCGAGAUUCAGAGACGAUUAUGAAGCGUCCAAGAAACGUGAUAUCCUCAAGAAGCUUAUCGAAGGAGGAGUGGACCUAAAUGAGCGGCUCAUGGAAGGCUAUACACCACUAGAAGAAGCAGUCCUACUCGGUUUGCCUGAAACAGUCGUCGACCUCGUGGAACUCGGAGCUUCCAUCGGCCCAACAACGUUUGAUGGAGGCAACAUCCUAGAUUUCUUCCUGCGUCAUUACGAUGAAUUACCCUACGACAGAUUCAAGAAGGCUGAGAAGCUCACAGAAUGUGGUGCCCGAAUCGACAUGCCGCUGAUCACUACAGGCGAGUCGUUCCUAAUGGAACUCAUCGAGCGCUACGUCAAGGAGAAAAACGUAGUAGUUCCGCCCAUAGAACCCCUAUUAAUCCAAGCAGCCCGGGGCGGAAUGAAGCCGGAGUACCUGCACCACGUUCUCGAGAAGCAGGUCAGCCACGUCCCCAUCCGCUACACCGAGAGAGUGCAGAUCUGCAACUCACUCAUCGAGCACGGCGCCAAAUUGAAAGACGCCAACAUCGCGUCUACGGCCGCUUCGGAGUUCAUAGACAGUACUUCCCAGAGCUCCUGGUGCACCAAACCCUCGAUCACGGAGGAAGAAGCUUUGUUCGACUCCUUUCUCGAGAUGACGCCCAAGAAGUACCUGGAUGGCCUCCUUACGCGAGCUCAGUGUCUAGGGGACAAAGUAAACACCACCAAGAUACUGAAGAGUAUGGGGAGGGACAUGGUCCCGGGCUGAAGAAGGCGCGCGUUUUCGUCUAGCACCUUGGCGAGGAAACAGAACCAUCUUCUAUAGAUCGGUGAGGCACAAGUUGGCUACAAAUUUGCUCUAUAAGCAGACCUUUAGGAUGUCAACGGUGGAACAUAUGACAUAUGGCAGUCGCAAUGCUGCUUAUAAAAGAUGAUGGCGCCGACCCUGUCCUUUCAACGGACGAACUUCGCGUGAUGGUUAGAGCCCAUCAGUUAUCGAGUGCCUGCGCUAGGUCAUCCGUGGACGUUGAGUGAGGCAGAGACGCGGUGGGACUACUAGCGAGAUUAUAGAGUUAAGGGAAGGAAAAGAUGCAAGGGAGACGAGAAACUAGAUCCAAGCUGUGAGACUGAGCAUUCCCUUUCUCAAAUUGCUAUGCUUGAAAUAUGAUAAAUAUAGCUCAAUAAAUAGCUCUAAAGCAACACAACAUAA